GAGAAGGCGGUGUUUGACGAAAAGGAGCAUGCGCACUGGGGGGGGGGGAGCCGGGUAGUGGAGCAUGCGCAGACGUAGCAAAGGAGGCCGCGGUUGGUUCCAGUGAACCGGAAAGCGAGGAGGGUUUUGAGAAAUCUCAUCCCAAAGAUGUCACAGCGCAGGCGCAGUAGCAGAGGACCCGGUCCUUCUCAGGAACAUUCCAUGGAUGUAGAUGAAGAAUACACAAUGACUGAAACUCAGACACCCAGUCAAGUGCAACGCAACUUGGAACGACGGCCACAGAAUCAAGUGGAACAGAAAGUGAAUGAAUUAGUGCAGUUUCUGCUAGUCAAAGAUCAGAAGAAGAUCCCUAUUAAACGGAAAGAAAUUCUAAACUAUGUCAUCAAAGACUAUAAGGAUAUCUUUCCUGAGAUUUUGAAACGUGCCAACAAAACUCUUGAGCAGGUAUUUGGCCUAGAAGUGGUAGAAAUUGAUCCAAAGUAUCACACCUACAUCCUGAUCAGUAAAUUGCCACCAUUGGAAGAGGACGUCAUGAAAGAAGAUGAGAAUUCCCCCAAGAUGGGCCUCCUUAUAAUCAUUCUCAGCCUUAUUUUCAUGAGGGGCAAUGUGGUCAAAGAAUCUGCUGUCUGGGAGAUGCUGAGGAGACUACAUGUUGAAUGUUCUGGGAAAAAACACAGAAUCUUUGGUGAUGUGAAGAAACUGGUGACAGAUGAAUUUGUCAAACAAAAGUACUUGGAAUACAUUCGUCUUCCCCUCACAGAUCCACCAGAGUUUGAGUUCAGAUGGGGACCUCGAGCUGCUAAAGAGAUUUCCAAGAAACAGAUCCUACAGUUUGUUGCUAAGAUACAGAACAAGAAUCCUAAAACUUGGACGAACCAGUACAAUGAAGCUGAAGCAGAGGCCAGUGGUACACGAAGACACUAGGGAUGAUGAUGUCAGAUUAUGUGGAGCUUUCAGAAACUUCAGCCACCCACUGCCUUAAGUGAUUGCCACUGGAGGAAGUGCCAGGAGUUCCACUUCCUAGGAGAAAAACUGUUUUUUCCCAGAUGGUUUGAUAAUGGUGAAGAAGUAUAGACUUGAAUUAAAGAGUACUAUUCAUAGA